AUGGCUUACAUCGCCAAGUCCUUCUACGACCUCAGUGCUGUCAGCCUCGAUGGGGACAAGAUAGACUUCAAUACAUUCCGAGGCAGGGCAGUGUUGAUCGAGAAUGUGGCCUCACUCUGAGGCACAACCACCCGGGACUUCACCCAGCUCAACGAGCUGCAAUGCCGCUUUCCCAGGCGUCUGGUGGUUCUUGGCUUCCCCUGCAACCAAUUUGGACAUCAGGAGAACUGUCAGAAUGAGGAGAUCCUGAAUAGUCUCAAGUAUGUGCGCCCCGGAAAUGGCUUCCAGCCCACUUUUACCCUGGCCCAAAAGUGUGAGGUGAAUGGUCAGAAUGAGCAUCCCGUCUUCGCCUACCUGAAGGACAAGCUCCCCUACCCUUACGAUGAUCAGUACUCCCUCAUGACUGAUCCCAAGUUCUUCAUCUGGAGCCCGGUGCGCCGCUCAGAUGUGGCCUGGAACUUUGAGAAGUUCCUUAUUGGGCCAGAGGGAGAGCCUUUCCGACGCUACAGCCGCACCUUCCCUACCAUCAACAUCGAGCCUGACAUCAAGCGCCUCCUUAAAGUUGCCAUAUAG